UGUGCACUGUGUAAAUUUUUGUGAUUUUUACACGUGUUUAGGUUUUUUGUAAUUAGUUAGAUUUCAAUUGAUCUCGUCGUUCAUCAUCGUUGAAAAUGUCUCAAUCCAAUAGCUCCCAGGACAAAAGCCAGGCACAAGUGAAUGAAAUGCCUGGAGAAUCAUCUCAACAAAACUCAGAAUCAGACAAACCAGAACUUUCGAUUGGAGAGAUUCUUUGUAGACCUGCAGAAGAAUUUGGCAAUGAUCCUACUAUUGAAAUUGCUUGGAUGUCGACAGCUAUUCGCCACAUGGAAGCCUAUUACAAAUUGAUUACUUCAAUAAAAACUUCCGAUUUAAUUCGAUUGACACAGAAUGAUGACUAUAUUUAUGAAGAGUUUCGAAAACAAUUCCCAGAUUUGAAAGUAGAAUCACUGACAGAAGAAAUGAUCAAAUCGAAUGAAGCCAAAGAACAAUGGCGAGAAUUCUGCAUCAAAAUGAAAGACAAAACUGAAGAUUUUAAUUUCGCCACAUUGAUGCGAUUAAAUUCUCAUUCCGAUUAUAAAGAAGAAAAUACAAUUGUUGUACCACGUGCUCAAUUUUUGGCAAUUGAAGUUGCUCGUAAUCGUGAAGGCCAUAAUACUGAUUUGCCACCAAUCAUUCAAGAGUGAUUCUCGCGUUCUUUUAUUUUAAUUUGUGAAUAAUUUGACUUUUCUCUGUUCUUUUACAUUAACUUUUCAUCACCAUAAUGUUUCAAUUAAUUAAAACUUUUCUUGACCAA